UUUAUUAUUGGACCGUUUUGAAGCAAAAUUCGUUCAUGUAAAAUAUUAAAUUCGUUCAUGAGUUUUGGUAUGCGAAAAAUGGUCACUUGAAAAUGUGGUUUAAAUUAUCGUAGAUUCUUCAGUGAUUUGCGAAUAAAAAACUGUAGUUAGCAUAUUAUUAUUGUUUUUUACUGACUUGGAAGCAAUGAAGACAGCGUCGUCUCCUCGGUCACUCCUCAGCUCCCCUCGUACUGGGGCUAAAAUUCCAGUCAGGUCCUCUCUGCCCGGCUCUCCCACCAAGAGUCCCCUGAGACUGGUGCAGAGGCCAGCGAGUGUGGGUGGGGCGAAGGAGCACUCGCUGUGGGAGGGGCGAAGUGCCAGUCCCCCGAGUGAGAAUGCGGACGCCUCCAUUCUGGCGGAGAAGGCGGAGCGACUGACCAAGAGACUGAAAUUCGUGGAAGAGCAGAACAAGAUCAAAGAACACGAGAUGACUCAACUCAAGUCACACAUAUCCAGACUGGAGAAAGAAAAGGUUGCCACCCAGAAGGACGCCGUGAUCUCUGAACUGGAGCAGAAGGUGGCUGAGAAGGAGGUGGAGGUGGAGCGACUGAACAGGGAGGCUGUGGAGAGGGAGAGGGAGGCAGAGACUGUCAAGCAGAGAUUCCUCACAGAGAUCAACGCCAUCUCAGACUCCGUCGAGAACGAACUGCAGGUCAAGGACAACCGGAUCAAAGACUUGGAGGAACAGCUGGAAGAGCUUCAGACUGAGUUGAAUGGGGCCAAGGAGGAGUACGAACAAGAGGUGGACGACAUCACCACCAAACACGGAGAGGAGGUGGGUGUGAGGGACAAGCAGAUAUGGGAGCAGAAGGAAGAGAUGCAGAGACUACUGGACAGUGUGCAGAGGGUGAAGCAGGAGAACUCCACACUCACUCUGGAGAUCAGUGACCUCAAAAAACAGUUCAGUCAGCUCAAAGCGGAAAGAGAUAAAGCCCUUGCAAUGAAGCAAAACGAAAUGAAAAAUUCCGAAGGUGAGCUGAAGACCAAAUUCAACGAAGCCCAAAAACAAUACCAAGAAAAACUAAACAAAGCUCAAAGACAGUUAAAGUCUUACGAAUUCGAUCUCCAGAAAGCCAAAACCGAAUCAAACGAACUGCGCGCUAGCAAUAAAUCACUGUCGAAAGAAAUCUCUAAUCUUAAGAUUAAGAAACAAGUUGCAAAUAAAGAAAUACAAACCAUUGAGGUUGAACAAGAAAACUCAGUUGCGAUUUCUACCCAAAAAGAACUUUCAUCAGGGCCGAUUAAAUCUGAAAUUGUCGAGACAAAAGCCGUGGAUCCUGAGUUGGUAGCACGGCUCGAAAAAACGGCAGAGGAUUUGGAAACAACUCAAAAAGAAGUGAACAAAUUGCAAAAUUUGAUUGAGUCGCUCAGAGGUGAAAACGAGUUUUUAGUAAACGAAAACAUGGGUUUUAUUGAGCGAAUGAAACAAAAAAGCGACGAGGUGAAGGAAUUGCUGGAAAACAAAACAAAAGAAAGUGACCGAAUGAUUGACCUUGAGCGCGAAAACAACACUUUUCCUGCAAAAUUGCAAGACAUGGAGAUGAAAUACUCUCGAAUGUGUGAAACGGCCGAGGAAAUGUCGAAUCGCCUGACUACUUUGCAGAAAGAGUUGAACAACCGUGAAGCGAUUAUUUUUCAGCUGGAAGACGAAAUUCGCCGUCAAAACUAUACAAAUAACACCAAAGACAUGUAUUUAAGCACGCUAGAAAGCACAGCCAACCAAGUCAAAGUCGAACUGAUAAAUUUAGCUAAGAGGAUCGCAAAUAUUGCUCGAGUCGUUCAGGAUAUCAACACUCGGCGAAGUGAAAACACGACUCAGAUCAUAAAAAUGGAAAAAGAAAACAUUAUGUUACGCAAUGAAUUGCACAUUCGAACACAACCAACACCUGUUAGCUACAGACCGGCAAAUCCAUUGUGUGAUUCACAAAAUCUAAGCAAAUCUUCGCCAAACUUGGCCGGAAGUUUCCCGGAAAGAUCAAUCGUAAAUCCUCGGGAAUCAAAAAGAGUGACUGAUUUCCAAGCGUGGUCGAGGUCUGUAGCAGACCGAUUGCGAUCGACAGGGUCAAGCGAUUCUCUGUUUCACCCGAAAGAAUACCCGAACUAUAAUUACAACUCACGGUUCCUCUACUGAUUAUGUUUGAAAUUACUAUUGACAACACUGAAUGAUGAAAUAUUAGUUCUAAGCAAAAAAAUCUUUGAAAAUUA